AGAUAAUGUUAGGAGAAAGAUGUAGAGAAAGAAAUGCAACAUUAUAAAUUUAUAUUAAAAAAUACUUUCCACGUAAAAGGAACAUGAAAUGUUCGGAGUGUUGUUGCAUGUUGGUGAGGUUUACGCGAGGGACAUACGAAAAUUUGUGCCGUAGUUUGACCGGAAUAGAGACACAGGAAUGUUGAGCCACCUCCCACCAAAUGUAAAGAAAAUCUGCGUUAAUACGGGGAAUAUACUUAGUUUGAACGAAGUGAAGAAAAAAGCGGGACAGAACCCUACAGAUGAACUCAUAGAAAGCUUGAGGAUCACAUUAGCUAAUUGUCAGCCGUCCAGCAAUGCUGGUGACACUAUUCAAGUUUACCGGAUGGAAGAUGGGCUUGGAUCCAAACUUGAUUCCGAAGAAAGAAAAGGGUUGAAAGUUAGUGUCAAAGUUUUCAUAUCAUCCCUGAAGAAAGAGGCUCUGGUAGAAGCACUCGAUAGUGUGUUUGCUGCACUACAGACGUCAUGUAUAGAAUCAGUGGUUCUUGCUUACCCAUGUAAAGCAGUGGCAAGCCUCCUCCUAUCUGGGCUGAAGGAGCUAUGGCUGGUGCUGGAGGAGUAUGUGCAGCAACAGAAGCUAAUCAGCAUUGGUGUCAGUGAUGUUGAGACGGAUGUCUUCAUAGCGUUGUACAACUGGGCUAAGGUAAAGCCAAGUAUUAUUCAAAUCAACUUGGCAAGCUGUUGUGUAGUACCACCAGCUCUGCAGGUGUUCACAAAAGAGCAUGAUGUACAGCUUCUAACACACAGCGAUCCUUUUGGAAAUUAUGAUGAGGACAGAGAAAUUCUUCCGCGGGCAGCCCUGAAUGAAUUAUUUGGAUCAGAAGCUGAUAAUGGUAUGAAUUCAGUUGAACUGCACUGGGCACUGAGGUUUCAAGUACAUGUAAAAUGCCGUGGAGUUUUGUCCAGCAAGGGCUAUCUUCUGAGUGUCCAUCGUUCAUCAGGAAAGCAUGGAAGGGAGGUAGCUUCAUUAAAUGAAGUCUCAAAACCAUGACUAUCAUACACAUAAGAUCUUAUUAUUCCCACUGUUUCUUUAGUUCUUUUCUCUGUUAUGGCCCUGCCUUUGGGUAUCAUACAAUAAGAAGAAAUUAUGUAAAAUGUAAAGAAUUGUGUAUUCUGAAGUUUCAUUCUAGAUGCAUGUGAACCCACUUGCACUGUCUGUAAGCUAUCUGCAAUAUACACCAUCUUUUGAAAGUGUUUAUCACAUUACAGAAUUAUUUCAGAAGUGGCAAAUCUGUUAAUGUGGUUUGAAGUAUAUGAAUAUAAAAUGUUGCUUUCUGUGGGAGGCAGAAAAACUUUUUUGUUUUCAUUAAAAACUUAUAAUUUAUAAACUCUCACUACUACUUGUGCUUAGAGAAGCUAUUUUUGAAGACAAUGAUAAUGAAUUGUCAGAGGUAAAACAUAAAAAGAUUUGUUGCAAAAUGUUUUGUAAUAGGAAAAAAAUAAUAAUUUAAAUUAGCCAUUGUAGAAACAGCUGUCUCCAGUAGUGUAAAUAUACUCAUGUGGGUACAAAUGGGUUAAGGGAAAUAACUGCAGUGAAGUCUCGAUUUAAUUUAUGUAAGUUUUAGCUGCAAUAUUUUUUUAUGUUACUUGAUCUGUAAGUGAAUUGAAAUCAAGAUUUCCCUGUUUUAGCCCCUGUGCAAAUGUUUUACUUUACAUUCUGGCAACAGGCUGUCUUUUUCUUAACAGAGAAAAUGGUUUCACCAUCAUUGAAUAGGUUUGUAACAGUAGGGUCCUGAUUAUCCAACCUAAUUAGGACCGGUUGUGGUCAGUUUGAUGAAAAUGUCAGAUAAUAUGAAAACAGGUGUGGGGGAAACAAUUUGCAAAUUUAAUGGAAGUCCAGUUGGUUGAUGGGCUGUGUUACAAGCCGGAAGGUCGCAGGUUCAAGUCCCGAUGAGGUCAUUGGAUUUCUUCAAUUGACCUAAU